AUGGACGAGCACCCCGGCGCCGGAGGAGGCGGUGGGAUGGCGGCCGCCCCGAGACCGCAGCAGCCACCGCCGCAGGCGGGUGGGAACAUGAACCUGCAGUCGAGUGGGGGCUGCGUGGGGGUUGGAGCUGGAGGAGCAGGGCAACAGCAGCAGCCCCAGGGCCCUUCGGCUCCGGCUGGUCAGGAGGCGGCGGGCCCUGCCGAGCUGUCCCGGCCCCAGCACUACACCAUCCCGGGGAUCCUGCACUACAUCCAGCACGAGUGGGCACGCUUCGAGAUGGAGAGAGCGCACUGGGAGGUGGAGCGGGCCGAACUUCAGGCUCGGAUUGCGUUUUUACAAGGAGAAAGAAAGGGUCAAGAAAAUUUGAAGAAAGACUUAGUGAGAAGAAUAAAAAUGUUAGAAUAUGCAUUAAAACAAGAAAGGGCAAAAUAUCAUAAAUUAAAAUAUGGCACAGAAUUGAACCAAGGGGACUUGAAAAUGCCAACUUUUGAAUCAGAAGAAACCAAAGAUCUGGAGGUUCCUGCAGUACCUCAGAAUAGCCAAUUGACCUGGAAGCAAGGCAGACAGUUACUGAGACAGUAUCUUCAGGAAGUAGGUUACACAGACACGAUAUUGGAUGUACGCUCCCAGCGGGUAAGGUCUUUGCUGGGGCUCUCCAAUUCAGAACCAAAUGGUUCAGUAGAGACGAAGAACUUAGAGCAGAUCCUCAAUGGGGGUGAAUCCCCUUCAUCAAAACAGAAGGGACAGGAAAUCAAAAGGAAUUCUGGUGAUGUUCUUGAAACAUUUAACUUCUUGGAAAACGCAGAUGAUAGUGAUGAAGAGGAGGAGAGUGAUAUGAUAGAAGAUAUUGCAGAAGGAAAAGAAAAGCACCGGAUAAAUAAGAAACACAAAAUUGGUAAUGAAGGUUUAGCUGCCGACCUUACGGAUGACCCUGAUACUGAAGAAGCUUUGAAGGAAUUUGAUUUUUUAGUGACAGCUGAAGAUGGUGAGGGAGCUGGAGAAGCACGAAGUUCAGGCGAUGGAACAGAGUGGGACAAAGAUGACCUGUCCCCAACUGCUGAGGUUUGGGAUGUAGACCAGGGACUAAUAAGUAAACUGAAGGAACAGUACAAGAAGGAACGAAAGGGGAAGAAAGGGGUAAAGAGAGUCAACAGGACAAAACUUCACGACAUGAUAGCUGAUCUGGGCGAUGAUGAGAUACCCCACAUCCCUUCAGGAGUCAUUAAUCAAUCUAGGUCACCCUCUUCUAGAAUGACUGAUCAUGAAGGUGCAAGAGCAGAGGAAGCUGAGCCAAUAACGUUUCCACCUGGAGGAGGCAAGUCAUUUAUUAUGGGUUCUGAUGAUGUGUUGUUAAGUGUUCUGGGCCUUGGAGACCUUGCAGACUUGACAGUAACAAAUGAUGCAGACUAUAGUUACGAUCUGCCAGCUAAUAAAGAUGCCUUCCGCAAGACAUGGAACCCUAAGUACACACUACGCAGUCAUUUUGAUGGAGUGCGGGCAUUAGCUUUUCAUCCUGUAGAGCCUGUGCUGGUUACAGCCUCUGAGGACCAUACUCUAAAACUUUGGAACUUACAGAAAACGGUUCCUGCCAAAAAGAGUGCCUCUUUAGACGUAGAACCCAUCUACACAUUUAGGGCCCACAUUGGACCUGUGUUGUCAUUGGCAAUUAGUUCCAAUGGAGAACAGUGUUUCAGUGGUGGUAUUGAUGCAACCAUCCAGUGGUGGAAUAUGCCUAGCCCUAACGUGGAUCCAUAUGAUACCUAUGAGCCAAACGUUCUAGCUGGCACACUAAUUGGUCACACAGACGCAGUCUGGGGUCUUGCUUACAGUGGUGUAAAGAAUCACUUACUGUCUUGUUCAGCAGAUGGCACUAUUAGACUAUGGAACCCACCAGAAAAAAUGCCCUGUAUUUGCACUUACAAUGGAGAGAAAGAGCAUGGAAUACCUACAUCAGUUGACUUUAUAGGUUGUGAUCCUGCUCAUAUGGUGGCAUCUUUUAACACUGGCAGCACAGUCAUCUAUGAUUUAGAAACAUCCCAGUCAGUGGCAAUGCUUUCAUCACAAAUAGAAUCUGGUGUACAAUCAAAUAAUCAUAUUAACAAGGUAGUAAGUCAUCCCACACUUCCUGUAACUAUUACAGCACAUGAAGAUAGACACAUCAAAUUUUUUGACAACAAAACGGGUAAAAUGAUUCAUUCUAUGGUUGCUCACUUGGAUGCUGUUACAAGUCUAGCUGUAGAUCCCAAUGGAAUCUAUUUAAUGUCUGGAAGCCAUGACUGUUCCAUUAGAUUAUGGAAUUUGGACAGCAAGACAUGUGUGCAAGAAAUAACAGCUCAUAGGAAAAAACUGGAUGAAUCAAUUUAUGAUGUAGCAUUUCAUCCAUCAAAAGCAUAUAUUGCCAGUGCAGGAGCUGAUGCCCUUGCCAAAGUAUUUGUGUGACACAGCAGAGCAAACCUGUGUCAUAACAGCAGGUCUGUUUGGACAAAAAAGAGGGAAUGCGUCACUGCCAUCAAAUGAUAAGGUUACCAAUAAGACACUACAUCUGAUCUGCCUUGGUGAAGGCUCUUAUGUGGGGCAGGUGUAAGUUGGUGAGAAGUCGCCACAUUUUGAACAAUGUCAGGCUCAUUCAUUUAACUGUAAUUACUGUACCGGGGGGUGGGGAGAAAUACAAAUAAAGAAAACCAGUAUUUGUAGCCUUGACUGGAUAUGAACUGAGCGUAUGUCUGUUCUUUAGGUGUCUUUAAGCAAACGUGGAGUCUGAUCUUACGAAAGACUUUUAUUUUGGACUCUGUGUGCUGCCUUAGGGUUAGGAAUGUGGUGCUCUUGUGGGGGGAAGUGAGCUCCAAGAG